UCUCUGCCCCUCCCACAAUGGGGAGAUUUUCCUGCAGUAGUUUGUGUCUCUGCCACCCUCCCACAAUGGUGAGAUUUCCUGCAGUAGUUUGUGUCUCUGCCCCUCCCACAAUGGUGAGAUUUCUUGCAGUAGUUUGUGUCUAUGCCCCUCCCACAAUGGUGAGAUUUCCCUGCAGUAGUCUGUGUCGCUGCCUCUCCCACAAUGGUGAUAUUUCCUGCAGUAGUUUGUGUCUCUGCCCCUCCCACAAUGGUGAGAUUUCCUGCAGUAGUAUUGGUAUCUCUGCCCCUCCCACAAUGGUGACAUUUCCUGCAGUAGUUUGUGUCUCUGCUCCUCCCACAAUGGUGAGAUUUCCUGCAGUAGUUUGUGUCUCUGCCCCUCCCACAAUGGGGAAAUUUCCUGCAGUA